AAUGUUAUAGAAGAUAUGUGUGACGUCUUUUUUUAAUCAUUCUUAAAAGGAAGUGUUGGGUUUCAGAUAGCUUAAACACACACACACACACACACACAGCAGCUGCUACUACUACUACUCCUACUACUACUACUACUCCUACUACUACUACUACUACUACUACUACUCCUACUACUACUACUACUACUACUCCUACUACUGCUACUACUACUGCUACUACUACUACUACUACUACUACUACUACUCCUACUACUACUACUACUACUACUACUGCUACUACUACUCCUACUACUACUCCUACUACUACUACUACUACUACUACUACUACUACUACUCCUACUACUACUCCUACUACUGCUACUACUACUACUACUACUACUACUACUACUCCUACUACUACUACUACUACUCCUGGCUCUCUGUACCCUCAGCCAGUCUGUUGUUGACCUCUCAGUGAGCAUGUCGGGUGGUGUUAGUGUUUGGAGGGUAGUGAUCUGGCUGGUGCUGAGCCUUGUUCUGGGGCUCAGUGGAGGGGGUUCAGCCCUGAAGAUCUGCACCUUCAACAUCCAGUCCUUUGGAGAGAAGAAAAUAGAGAAGCAAGAGGUGGUUGAUGUCAUAUUGGCUCUGAUCGCUCGCUGUGACAUCAUGCUGGUGAUGGAGAUCAAAGAUCUCAGUGGGAAGGCUUUCCCUCAGCUGAUGACUCAACUCAACAGUGACUACAGCUCCAGGAAGAAUGAGUAUAACUAUGUGAUCAGUGACAGACUGGGACGUAAGUCUUACAAGGAGCAGUACGCUUUUAUCUACAGACAGAGGCUGGUGUCAGUAAAGGAAGUGUACCAGUACCCUGACACCCAACUUGGAGACGAGGAUGCUUUCUCCAGGGAACCUUUCAUCGUCUGGUUCUCUUCCCCCAAAACAGUCGUCCAGGACUUUGUGAUCAUCCCGAUCCACACCACUCCAGACACGUCCGUCAGGGAGAUAAAUGAACUGUAUGAUGUGUUCCAAGAUGUCAAACAACGAUGGACCUCAAAGAAUGUAAUCAUCAUGGGCGACUUCAAUGCGGACUGCGGCUACGUACCCAAGAAGCAGUGGAGCAGCAUCCGCCUGCGGUCUGACACCAGCUUCCUGUGGCUGACGGGUGACACCAUCGACACCACCGUCAAGGAGUCCACAGACUGUGCCUAUGACAGGGUUGUCCUCCACGGGGACAAGAUGAUCCAGGCAGUCAAGCCAACCUCUCUGGAUGUGUUUGACUUCAGACAGGCCUAUGGACUAACCGAGCUACAGGCCCUGGCGGUGAGCGACCACUACCCAGUGUGCAUCACUGUGAAUGCCGCUCCGAGGAAUAGGGGUUAACGUCUUGUCCUCGUAACGGUCCCUUCCUGAGGACGUCUCGGUGUCACCCUGGUGGUCUGUGUGCGUCCUGCAGUGUUUGCUUUGCUCCAGUCCAGAGCCAUCAGGCCCCCUGCAAGAUCAAUUAAUCACAGAAUCAUGGUUACUGAGCUACACUGUGUUCUUCAAGGUUAUUAUAGUUUUGUGUUUUAUAUUUGUUUUUAUUUCUAUUAAUAUUUUUUUUGUUGUUGACUUAAUCUAGUAGUUUUUAUUCCAUUUGAGUUUUCUAAAAACAUUUCUAUUUGGUUUUGAUAUUAUUUAGUUUCAGUUUUAGUGUUAGCCUGGGUGGCUAAUAGCUAGGAGACAUGUAUGUGUUGUAGGUUGCAUUACUAGUAGUCUCAGACCUAGAUUACAGAUUAUUACAGACCUAGACCCAGAGCAACAGACCUAGGCCCAGAGCAACAGACCCAGGCCCAGAGCAACAGACCCAGAGCAACAGACCUAGACCCAGAGCAACAGACCCAGAGCAACAGACCCAGGCCCAGCGCAACAGACCCAGAGCAACAGACCUAGACCCAGAGCAACAGACCCAGAGCAACAGACCCAGAGCAAUAGACCCAGAGCAACAGACCUAGACCCAGAGCAACAGACCCAGAGCAACAGACCCAGAGCAACAGACCUAGAGCAACAGACCCAGACCCAGAGCAACAGACCCAGAGCAACAGACCUAGACCCAGAGCAACAGACCCAGAGCAACAGACCCAGAGCAACAGACCUAAACCCAGAGCAACAGACCCAGAGCAACAGACCCAGAGCAACAGACCCAGAGCAACAGACCCAGAGCAACAGACCUAGAGCAACAGACCCAGAGCAGCAGCACUAUGACUGGGGAGGAUGUCAGAUUUGAUAAUGAAGCUAGGC